AGAAGAAGUAGGAGAAGAAGAAACAGAAGAAGAAGGGGAGCUACAUUAGCUAGAUAGCGUCAUUCAAUCAGGUCGAGAGCGGCUGCAAGGGAAAAAACAGCAACCAUGGACCGCAUAAGAUCGACGUUUCACAGCUUGAUGAAGAGCGAGCGCUACAGCAGGUUCACCUUGCAGCCGUCGGAGAACGGCGAGAGGCACGCCGAGGUCAACCUGUCCGACUACGCCGUAGACGACGGCGCGGAGGCGCCCGGCUCGCCGAGCUUCAGGCCGGAGCCGCCGCGCCACAGCAGGCGGAACGUCGUGUUUACGGUCCUGGGAGUCCUGAUGCUGUUUCUCGGCGGCUACCUAGUCGGUGCCCUGGUCCAUCAUAAACCCAAGCAGGUGGAGCCCGACUGCGGACAGCGGAUGAGUGAGGCGACGACGGCUGCUGGUGGGGCGACGGCGGCUGCAGGGAAACCCUCGUCGGGGCAGGCCGUGCCGCCUCCGGAGGCCUCGCUGUCCUGGAAGGACCUCACUCAACUCCUGACCGGCAAACUCAGCAGCGAUGUCUUCACAACGACACUGAGGGAGUUUGAUCUGCCCAGCCGCUCAGCAGGAAGCCAGGAAGACACGAGUCUGGCCGACAGGAUCUUCAAGACCUUCCAGACGCUGGAGAUGAAUCCAUGGACCGACGCCCAUUACGUUCAGCUGCAGGUGCCCGACAGCAACAACCCCAACAGCGUUUCCUUUGGUUCAGACGUCAUCAAACCUGUGGGCUAUAUGGCCUACAGCAAACCUGGCAGAGCGGAGGGCCCGCUGGUGUACGGGAACUACGGCCGUCAGCAGGAUCUGGACUAUGUGCAGGGGAAAGUGGACCUGAAAGGCUCGGUGCUGCUGCUGCGAGCUGGAAAGAUCACUUUUGCACAACAGGUGGACAACGCCGCCAGGAUGGGAGCGUCUGCUGUUCUCAUCUACCUGGACACCGAAGAUUACGACGUGGUUACAAACACCGAGCUCUACGGACAUGUCCAUCUUGGCUCCGGUGACCCCUACACCCCUGGAUUCCCGUCCUUCAACCACACCCAGUUCGCCCCCACGAAGUCAGCUGGCCUCCCUCAAAUCCCAGCCCAGACCAUCUCCGCCAACUCGGCUGCAAGUCUUCUCAAGAAAAUUGGUGGCCCUGGAGUCGGUGCAGGCAGCAAUUUCAGGGGGGAACUAAAGUCUGUGUCUUACAAGCUGGGUGGCGUUCAGAACGUCACCGUGGAGGUGAACAACGUGCUGGUCAACAAGAAGAUCCACAAUGUGUUCGGCGUGAUCAAAGGAUUCACUGAUCCUGAUCGUUACGUUGUGCUGGGAGCUCAGCGGGACGCCUGGGGGAGAGGUUACACCAAAGCCACCGUUGGCACCUCCGUGCUGAUUGAGCUGGCCAGGGCGUUCCAAGAGAUGGUGGAGAAAGAUCAGUUCAGGCCAAAGAGAAGCAUAGUAUUUGCCAGCUGGAGCGCUGGAGAGUUUGGGAGCGUUGGCGCCACCGAGUGGCUGGAGGGUUACAUGUCCUCUAUUGACCGAAAUGUCUUAACGUACAUAAACCUGGAUGGAGUGGUGAUGGGUCAGGAAAGCUUCAUCGCCUCUGCGAGUCCGCUGCUGUACAGCCUCAUCGAGAGCACGAUGAAGGAGGUGAUCAUGCCUCGAAGGACUUUGUCAAUGUACUCAGAGCUGGGGAACGACAAGUGGGAGGACAGAGUGCUCAGGACAAUGUCGAUGGAGGAUCCUGCAUAUCCUUUCCUGGCUUUCGCCGGCAUUCCCUCCAUAUCCUUCCACUUCAUCCCAACAAAUACGGAGUCGUACCCGUAUUACGGCACCAACCUGGACAGCAUGGACCACCUGAACUACCAAACCAACCAACGCACCAGCGAGGUGACUGCCUCGGCGGCGCAGUUCGCCGGCCUGAUGACCCUUCGCCUGGUCCACGACCACCUGCUCAGUCUGGACGUGGGUAGAUACUACGGCCCCAUCACCAAAGCUGUGCUACAGAUCUACCAGCGGGUCAACCAGCUCACGCAGGCUGGUCAGCUGAAGGACGUCAGCCCCAACUGGCUUAAUCGGGCUCGCGGCUCCUACAAGCGAGCAGUCGACGACAUCGCCAGCGCCAUCGCCAACACGGACCUGACCGACAAGGAAGCUGCUCGGAUCCUUAACGACAGGAUCAUGAGGGUUGAGCACUCCCUCCUUUCUCCGUACGUCUCUGUCGUUGAGACGCCUUUCCGUCACCUCCUGCUCGGCCACGGCCCCCACACCUUGGCGUCCAUCGCCGAGGCCCAGGACAUGGAGAAGCUGCGCACCCAGCUGGCUCUGGCCACCUGGAACCUGCAGGGAUGUGCCAACGCCAUGGUGGGGAACAUCUGGGACAUCGACGACGAAAUCUAAAGCUUGAUACCGGAAUCUGUACGAGUGUGUGUGUGUGAGAGAGAGAGAGAGAGACAGUGUGUGUGUGAAGCUGCUUGAAGGUUAAAUAUAAAGCGCCAACAUUCAAAUACCUUAAGCACAAGCUGACCAUCUAAGAUCGCAUCAUUUAAAUCCAGGGUUAUAUUCAGUUGGUUUUUCCUCUGAAAUUCACAAAGAUCUACAAGGAGAGGGAGUAAAGAAAUGUAAAAAAAAAAACAAAAAAAAAAAAACUGUGAACCAUAAACACCUAACGGAGAAAAAAACACUGAAAUCCUCAACUCCUACUCCACCAACAACCUCAACGCACUGAGAACCUUAUGUAUACUUUUUUUUUUUUUUUUUUUUCAUAUUUAUCAGUGGCAGUGCCCACUAUAUUUAUUGUUUGUCUUUUUAUACAGCAUUAUCGGAAGCAGUGCCUUCCAUAAUUAUGACGGUUAUACUGUCGAAAGCCACGGCAGCAUCUGCUACAACGACGACUCCCUAAAUGUUGCUGACGGAACGGCGCAUCGGAUGACGUUAGAAUUACACUUUCCUGCCGCUUAUUUCUCCCGUUUGUCCAGAUUUCAUCUCGCAGAAACCCGCGAGACGGUAAAUGCCAGUCGGGAGAAACAAACUGUAGAAAAUCGCGCAAAAUUUGCAAAUGGUUUAUUCCUUAAUAUGAACAAUGGCCUCCAAUUACGUCGAGCUAAGAUUUUAGUAAGAUGGUUCUGUGCGUAAUGGCAGAAGAGCCUUAAAUUUCAUUUAAAAGGAACUAAUUGGUGAUGUAAUUUGCGAGGAAAGCCAUUUAUGUUGCACAGCCUGCGUUGGAGCACUUAUUCGGAUCGUGACGUUAUCGGGAGCAGUGCCUUCCAUAAUUAAAAUCCAUUGUCGGGAGCAGUGCCUUCCAUAAUGACGAGCAGUGACGGUAGUUUUUGCCUACCAUUUUCUGUGUACGGUUAUUUUUGUGUGUGUGUGUGUGUGUAUUUAUCGGGAGCAGAGCCUCUCAUAUUUCACUUCAAGGGUGGAACAGCUUAUCGGGGACAGUGUUUCCCAGAGUUUUAUACUUGAAAUUUUCAUUUGUUGGGUUUGUUUUUUUGGAUUUUGUGUAAGCGUGCGUGUUAGAAACAAGUUUCUGGACCUAUGUAGGUUUUGUGCAGCUGUUUCUUUUCCUUGUUCUAUUCAUGUUUUAAAUAUCAGCACUGGGUGAACAUUUACGGGAGAGGUGGGCAAUUGCAAGCAUCAGGGUUUAGUGAAUUUAAGCCAGACAGUAUAAAUGUCUCCAGUAUCAGAUCGCAAAUGUUUCCUUGGGUGUUAAAUUUGAACAGAACCUCAUUUUAAAAACAUCCAAAAGGAGCAUUGAAGUGCUUUUUUUCUGACACCAUCAGUUGCUGCAAAGCACAGAAUUGUUGCUCCUUAUGGCUUGCCAUAAAUGUGACGCCAUAGAUCCCUUAAAAUCAAAGCUCAGGUUUCAGGCUCCUGUGUGUCUCCAUUAGCAGUACCGGUCAUUCUCGCAUUGCUUUGGUGUGGAGAGAGCAGGGGGUGCUGUUUUUUGCACCCCCUGCAAUACAUUCACGUCUCCUCUAGGGGGCGAGCACCUCUAUUUGAGACGCACUGAAUUAGAUCUUCCAACAGAGAGCAUAAUAUCAUUAUUACAUUAGGCCACUUCGGCAUCAUGAAAUCAUUUAAAAGGGCCGGUUGCACCUGUGUAGAUCACACCUUUUGUUUUCAUAAUUUCAUUCCAGUUCACAUAAAAAUGUAAAAAUAGGUUCACCGAAACAUAAAAUUAUCACCCUUAGGCCCAUUUUAUACAGUUUAUAUGCAAAAAAAA